ACAAGUUAUACUGGUGAAGACUGUUCAGUUAAAUUACAUUGUGAUGAGAGUCUUUGUAGUUACCAUGGUUAUUGUUUCCAAAGCAAGAAUGGAAUAACAUGUAGUUGUCAUGAAGGUUUCACAGGGGAAAUAUGUGAAGAGAAAAUUGUUCGUCAUUGUGACAGUAGCCCUUGCAAUGAAAACAACUCUCUAGAAUGUAUAGAUGAUGCUUAUGGCUUUAAAUGUAUAUGUGAUACAGGUUGGCAAGGAAAGCUAUGUGUUGAGGAGAUAAACCAUUGUGAUUCAGAACCAUGUGAGAAUGGGGCUACCUGUAGUAACCAUGGAGACAGCUUCAUAUGUCAUUGUGCUGCAGGAUUUGCUGGUGAAACUUGUCAGACAAACUUGGAUGAAUGUAUCAACAGUCCAUGUGUAAAUGGUGGUGUAUGUGAGGAUGGGGUCAAUGAGUACAAAUGUAUGUGUCGGAUAGGUUGGUCAGGUGACAGAUGUACCGAGGAACAUGAUGCCUGUAUAUCUUCACCAUGUGUACAUGGAACAUGUCGUGAUAAAAUGCAGGGUUAUGUUUGUUUAUGUGAGAAUGAAUGGACUGGGGUACAGUGUGAUACACCUAUAAACCCAUGUUUGUCAUUACCAUGCCAGAACAAUGGUACCUGUUCAUCACAUAAUGAAUUUGCAUUUUGUGCCUGCACACCAGAAUACACUGGUAAAAACUGUGAAUCAGAGGUCAGCCCAUGUGCUUCAGGUCCUUGCUUGAAUGGUGGAAUUUGUACAGUUUCUAGUCAGACAUUUGAGUGUCAUUGUUUAUCUGGUUACUAUGGUGACAGAUGUGAUAAAAGUGUGGCACAGUGUAAUUACACUGUGUGUAAGAAUGGUGGGAAAUGUAUAGAAGAAGAUUCAAAUGUCCGGUGUCAGUGCUUACCAGGAUUUUAUGGAUCAAGAUGUCAGGAAGAAAACUCACCAGACUUUGAGAUGACAUUAACAUUAGAUAAACCAGUAUCUUGCAGCACAGAUAUGGUAACAAAAGCAGUAUCAGCUAUUACUAUAUGUUGCUGGUUUAAAAUUGUUGAAGGUGGUGACAUGCCCGGUGGUAAGGAUAUAUUACAGAUGCUAGAUGAUAGUGAACAGUCAUUAUUGACAAUCAAGAAAGAUAGGCUGGUAGUUUCCUUCUGGCCAACAGAGGGAGCCACGAGACAUGUUGUCAGUCUUGAUAUCACUGACCAGUCAUGGCAUCAGGUUUGUUUUACAUGGUCAGCUGAUGGUGAAUGGGCAGUCUAUGUUGAUGCUGUAUUGAAGCAUACCAGCAACGGAUAUGGCUCGGGAAAUGAAUUAAACAGAUUUAGGAUGAUAGCAGGUAACAUAGAUGGGUCUAUUGGAGGAGCUGUCACUGGAAUUAAUGUUUAUAGUAACGUAGAUAAAUGCACUAGUAAUGAGGGUGAUGUUGUCAGCUGGGUCGAGUUCGAGUCUUGUGCCAGGCAGUAUGAUAUGGCUGUUUCACCAAGUUCCUGUCCAGAGAGUCAAUGUUCGGGAUUACUAACUACAGAUUGUAAUGUGUCAGAUAAGAUUCCACCUGAAAUUGUUUUCUGUCCUAAAGAUGUUGUAGAGGUCAUGUUAAAUGAUGACCUUUCCACAGAGAUCAGUUGGCCUUCACCCCUGUUUAAAGAUGAUGUUGGGGUUGUAGAUAUAAAGCAGUCCCAUCAACCAGGACAAAUAUUCACUUUUGGAGAAUAUCCAGUUACUUACACAGCAUUUGAUGCCCAGCUUAAUUCUGUAUCUUGCACUUUUACUGUCAUUGUUACACCCAAAACAUGUGUAGAACCUGAUGCCCCUCUCCAUGGUGAUGUGUCAUGUGAUCAACAAGUGGAUUAUGGGAUGGAAUGUACUGUGGUGUGUUUAGAUGGCUACAUGUUUGUAGAAGAGGUUGCAAGACUGUAUGCAUGUAGAUAUGGUUUGUGGGAUCCACCUAGAGGAAAAUAUUUCACAUUUCCACCUUGUGCUAGAUUUGAACCACCUUUGAUGGAGUUUGAUGGAUUUUUACAACUUUUGGGACCAGUAUGCUCUGAUUCAGCUAAACUGGAUCUUAUUGACUUACUUAGUGAAGAGUUUUCCCAGACUGGUUUAUGUCCUAGUGUAGACUGUGACACAGCCAGCAUUAAUGUAGACUGUAUCCUCAGUAAUGUCAUCAAAAGAUCAGUGGAACCAGUUCAUUUUAAUGUGACAUUCAGUAUUAGAAACAAUGAGUUGACAUCUGAGAAUUCAUCCUCUGUUAUUGGUCAGUUUGAAAACUCAUUGAAAUCGGGUAUUGGUGAAUUUGAAACAGUUGAUAUUUCUGUAACAACAGAACAGUCGUGUGACACGGGGCAGGUCCUCAGUCAAGGAAAUUGUGUAAAUUGUGGUCAAGGGUACUUUCACAAUGCCACAGCUGGACUGUGUCAACAAUGCAGGGUAGGAAAUUACAAUGAUUUGGAGAAGCAGACUACAUGCAAGUCAUGUGAUCAAGGAAAGACAACUCUCACAGCUGGAUCUGUUUCUGAAAAUCAAUGUUACUAUAUUUGUGAGAGAGGAUAUUACCUUCUUAAUGAAGAUUGUGAGCCUUGUGAAGUAGGAUUUUACCAGGAUAUGAGUGGAUCUACUUCCUGUAAACCCUGUCCCCUAGGUCAUACAACACAAUAUGAUGCUUCUAAGUCAUUAAAUGAUUGUAAUUUUAUGUGCAAUAUUUUGGGUAUGGAGAUGUCAGUUGAUGGGAGUUGUGUCCCUUGUCCUGUGGGCAUGUACAAAGAGGAGAGGUCAGAGGUCACAUGUCAGUCUUGUCCCUAUGGUUACACAACUAUGUACACUGGUUCCAAAAAUAUACAAGACUGUUCAUUUGUAAAAUGUAAAUCAGGGGAGAGAAGAACUGUCAACAACACUUGUGAGUUGUGUCCCUUAGGAACAUAUCAGGAAAAUGAUGAUAAAGAUUGUUGCACUAGGUGUAACUUUGGCCAAACAACUCUCAGACAAGGAUCAGUAUCUAGUUUAGAAUGUGUCACCAUGGAAACAGACAAGGAUCCAUGUGACCUUGACCUACAUGGUUGUGGUGAGGUCACAGGAGUAUGUACAGGAGUUGAUACUUCAUACAAUUGCCAAUGCUGUGAAGGGUCUACUUACCAAAAUGGAGUUUGUGUUGAUAACUGUGCCGGUAAAUGUGAGAAUGGUGAUUGUAGUAAAGAUACAGAAGGAAACCCUAAAUGUCUUUGUCAUGACGGUUACCAUGGUUUAAAGUGUGAACUAGAAAUUGAUACAGGUAUUGGUACAGGUGCUAUAGCAGGUAUAGGUGUUACAUCUGUGGCAGCUCUUCUUGUUAUACUGGCCUGUAUAUUCUUAUGUUUUAGAAGGCAGCUGAAUAAGAACGGUGAGAGUUAUUUCCCUGUACAUCGUAGUGAUAUACGAUCAAGUUUUCGAGCUAUUGCUUUAGCCAUGAAUCCAAUGAGAUUUGAGGGAAGGAGUACUACAAGGACACAUUCUUCUACUCUAGCUAGUACACAGAUCCCGAGACCUCAGUGGAGAGAGAUUGAGAAUGCAAGCAAUAGUAGUGGACAAACAAGUGAUAGCUAUUUCUGAUAUAUCUUAACUUGUGACAGCUAUUUCUGAUGUGCCUAAACUAAUGAGAGCUUUUUACAGUGACAGCUAUUUCUGAUAUAUCUAAACUAUUGACAGCUAUUUGUGAUGCAUGUUAAGUAGUGACAGCUAUUUCUGAUAUAUCUUAAGUAGUGACAGCUAUUUCUGAUAUAUUUAUUCUUGUGACAGCUAUUUCUGAUGUGUCUAAACUAGUGAGAGCUUUUUCUUAUAUAUUUAAAACAGUGAAAGCUAUUGCUGAUAUAUCUAAAUUAUUGACAGCUAUUUCUGACAUAGUAAAAGCUCUUUCUUAUAUGCUUGAAACUUAUAUAAGUUAUUUCUGAUGUAUCUUAGCUGGAGACAAGUAUUUCUUACACAUACACCGGUCGUACAUAAGUGACUGCUACUUCUGAUAUCUAGACUAGAAUAUUUUGAACAGUAAUAGCUAUUUCUGAUACAUAAUUGUGUGAAUGUUAUUUCUCAUAUUUGACUUUUUUUACUGUAUUGUAAACAUAAAUUUGCUAGUGGCAGCUAUUUAAGAUAAGAAAGUCUUUAUAGACAAUCAGACAAUUCAUAUAAGGAUGAAGAAGUAAUAUUUAGUUAUUUUAGAAAUUAGCUUGUUUAUAUUGAUAACAUUUUUUCUGUGCUGGUUAGAAAGUCUGAGAUAUAUGUUGUAUGCAAAAUUAUCAUGGAGGACAAAAUGAUUCAGCCAUAUUUAUCACUAUAUUUGUAAAAUGUCAUUUAACUUCAGUGAUGUUCUUCUGUACACAGGGAAUCAAUGUGUAAGAUACAUAUGACUUGGAAUUUGCAUGUUAUACCUCAUUUAUCUAUGAUAAAUCUCCGAUCGGCAGUUGUCCGAGAUUUCACCCUGUCCUUGAUUUGACACCAUACUUUGUUCAUUGUCUCACAGUCAUGGUAUAGUAAAUUUGAUGUAGUGUCAAUGUAGAGGUUUGAACAAGUAGAAAUAAAGUGUUUAAAACUUAUAUAGAUACACUGAAGGAAGUGCUAGCAUGAAGACUAUUUACCCGUGGAUAUGCCAUUUCAUUCAUGUUUCAUUACAUGUGACUGCUAAUGUAAUUCGGGCAAUAUGUUUUGAAUGUAUAUACUUUGGGAUUUUUUUCAUCAAUGAUGUAUUGUAUAUGAUAUCAAACUUUUUUGUAGGUUAUUUUGUUCAGGUGUUACAAUAGAUAGUCAUUCAUUUUUCAUAUUAUGUUUAUAAACAUAUCACAUGUCAUGAUAUAGUCUUUCGUUUGAUACAUCACCAGUUUCUUGUACAUAUGUUAAUAUGUUAUACCUAAUUUGUAAAGUGGGAUUUUCAGAUGCAUGUGUAUUUUGUAUAUUUCUGUUGUGGCUGGCUUUUGCUGCCAAUAUGGAGCCAGGCUAGCUUGUAUUUCAAUGCAGUUUGACCAGACUCUAUACUGUUGGUAGCUUAAUUUUUGUAUUUUGUAAAAUAUUAAAUAAACUGUUCCGAAUCCUUAAAAUUAAAUGGACAGUUCCAAAUUGAAAGGGAAAGCAGGGGAAACCUAUAUAACACAAAUUCAACAGGUUUAAAGUUAAGUCAUGGAAUUGUAAGUUUAUUUUAUUGUGUUAACAACUACUGGUAUUACUUUUCUCUUGUUUAAAACACAGAAAUAAUGACAACAGUGAAAUAAUCAAGGAGCAGUAAUGUGCUUCUGUACUCAUGGGAAGCAAAUGAUGUCAGUAAAUCAAUGUUUAAACUUUUAAAUUAUCAGCUGAGAGAAUGUAAAUGUCUCUCCUUUGGCUUGCUAGAAUACAGAAACAUUUGAGUAUUUGUGUUUCAUGUGGGAAAUAGUUUUUCCAGGGCUUUUUUUGUACAUUGUUUUGUGACAAUCAGUGUUUAUAUGUUAACCAUUUUGAUAUUAUUUUCAUUGUACAUAUAGAUAUAUGUAUUUGUAAUAAUGUAAAUAGACGCUGGUUCAACCAGCAAACUGUGCAGGGGUUUUGUGGAUUGAUUUGUCCCGAUAUUGAUAUUUUGAAAUUUUCUUUAACUUUGUUUUAUGUUUCAAUAAGUUUAUUUAUGCUUUAAUCACCAAUAGUGAUUCAUACCUUUAAAAAAAGUAAGUUUGAACAUUAUUGUAAGCAGGUAUUUUAAUAUUUUUAUUACUUUUUUUGUUAAGUUAAGGAUGAAGAAAUAUCUCUACAAUUCUGCCAUAGAUUUAUUUUAGUUGUUAAAGAAAAAAAACCUUUUACUUGUUCAGUUCAAAAUCAUUAAUAUGUACAAGUUAAAAGAUUUGUCUUUUUGUUCUUGGUUUUCCAUUGCUCUUGUUUAUAGUUAUUGUUUGUAAAUUAUGUUAAUAGAUAUUAUGUGUAUAUAGUUUAAGGAAAAAAUGUGAUUUCAUAGAUUAUGGUGCCAUAUAUAGUCAUCUUUGUAAAUUGUUUAGAAGUGUUUUUAAUCAGUUUUUAAUGCAGACAUCUCUUUACUACUUCAUAUACCAGAUUUUUCUCUGCCUAAGGCUUGUUGUUUUGUUGUUGUUUUUUUUUUAAAAAAAAGAAAAGUUAAGAGUUCAGAAUCAGUGAGCGAUUAAGCUUAUGUGAAAUAUUGGGUGAUAUAUUGUAUUACUUUGAAAACAAGACUUUUCUAAUACCAUCAAAAUUUGAUAAAUAUUCUAUAGACAGUCUAGGUAAAUUAUACUUAUCUGAAGAUUUUGGCAUUUUAAUAUGUCUUUUGGACAAAUUUGUUUUAUUACCUACAUUUCAAAACCACCAAUUCAGUUUUUGUCUCGCCAAAUAUGCAAAUUUUACAUGCAGACGGAUUAAAAGCUCUAGAAACAAUUUACAAAGUAUGAUAUAAAUUUGGAAAAUACCACGCCAGUGGCAGAGGUAGUGUUUCCAGAGAGUUGUGUGCAAUUAUUUGUCAUGUUAUUUAUGUUACAGACAUUCCAAAAUUGUUGUUCUUGUUUUUGAUAUAUUUAGUAAAUAAAGAUGUGGAAUGAU